AUGCCAGUUCAUAUCAGUGAAAAGUUAUACAAGCGUGUACCAAUAAACGAUGAAGUUGCACUCAAAAUACUUUUACGUAAAUAUGGACCUAUCUUCAUUACAUUCAAUGUUGGCAAUCAAAACAGUGCAUUAUCACUUCAAAGAGAUAUAUCGAAAAUAUUUAAUUCAUACUCGUCGGGCAUUUUCGACGUACCUGGUUGCAAUGAGAAACCACUACAAAAUCAUGCUAUGCUUUUAGUCGGCUACGGACGUGAUCAAAACACUGGUUUAGAUUAUUGGAAAGUGAAAAAUUCAUGGGGUACUCGAUGGGGAGAGAAUGGGUUUGUUCGUGUAAGAAGAGGUGUGAACAUGGGUGGAAUUGCAACAAGUGCCUAUUAUAUUGGAUCGAUUCCAUCGUUCUAA